GGAUACGUCACUCCGUCCGAGUGCAACCCGGAAGCGUCACUUCGUCCGAGUCCAAAGUGUAAGCGCCGCUCGAACUAGUCACCAUGUCCUCUCGGAAGAGAUUCGUGGACGGCGACCAGGUGGCCGGCGGCAAGCUGAGCAAAGCGGCGAGCGAGAAGAGACACGUCGCCGCACUCGUCCUGGCCAGGGGCGGAAGCAAAGGCAUCCCCCUGAAGAACAUCAAGAUGCUGGCCGGGGUGCCGCUCAUCGGUUGGGUCCUGAGAGCCGCGCUGGACUCUGACAUGUUCGACAGUGUGUGGGUGUCAACCGACCACGACAAGAUCGAGCAGGUGGCCCGGGCCUGGGGGGCUGAGGUGCACCGCCGGAGUCCCGAAGUCUCGCGAGACUCUUCGUCUUCGCUGGAAACCAUCCAGGAGUUUCUGCGACUCAAUCCACAGGUGGACAUUCUGUGCCACAUCCAGGCCACGUCGCCCUGUCUCCACCCGUUCCACAUCAAAGAGGCCUUGGAGUUGAUCACCGUGCAGGGCUUCGACUCAGUCUUCUCGGUGGUCCGGAGGCACCACUUCCGCUGGCAGGAGGUCAAGAAGGGAUCCGGUGACUUGACCAGAGCCCUGAACCUGGACACGGCCAACCGUCCACGCCGUCAGGACUGGGACGGCGAGCUGUGUGAAAACGGCUCUUUCUACUUUAGCACCAAAGAGCUCAUCAACGAGCAAGGAGUCCUGCAGGGUGCGAAGGUGUCCUACUACGAGAUGCUUCCCGAAUACAGCGUGGACAUCGACGUGGACAUCGACUGGCCUGUCGCAGAGCAGCGAGUCCUCCGUUACGGCUACUUUGGCCGGGGGACUCCGGAGGUGGUUCGGCUGAUGUUCUGUAACGUGUCGGGAUGUUUAACGGAUGGAAAGAUCUACCUGUCCGCGGCCGCAGAGGAGAUGAUCUCCAUCAGCGGCCGAGACGUCGCCGGCAUUCGCCUGCUGCAAAAAGAGGACGUGGAGGUGGUGCUGUUGACCACCGCCGAGGACCCGGUGGAGAGGACGUUGGCCGACAGACUGGCCGAGCGGACGGGCUGCCAGGUGAUGCGGGUGGGAGCCGAGCCCGUCGACGAUUUGGCGUCCGUGUUGGAGUCCAGGAAGCUGGUUUGGAAGGAUGUGGCAUACAUGGGUAGCGACGUGCCAGACGUGGACUGCCUCAUCCUGGCAGGCUUGAGUGCCGUGCCCGCCAACGCGCCGGUGGUGGCCAUCAACGCGUGCAAGUACACCUGCCACGGCGUGGGCGGCAACGGCGUCGUCCGGGAGUUCGCCGAGCAUAUUCUGUUGCAGAAGGCAAAAGCCAAGUCUCAGAUGAGGCAGGACCGCAUCAAUUGAAGUUGGAAGCUGAAACUUGACCUUACUGAUUGUAAUCAAGGUUUGAAUCAAAUAAUGUCUUUUCCAC